AUGAAGAUGACUCAGUGGAGGAAACUCUGCCGGCAGUGUCACCUUUGGGUCCUGGGGUGCUAUUUGCUGCUGGCCAUUGUCUCCCUGAGACUCUCUCUCAGAUGGAAAUGUGACUUUGAGCACCUGUACCUGGACUCCAGGGGACUUCAGAGCCAGUACUGCAGGGAUAUCUUGUACAAGUCCCUGAAGCUGCCAGCAAAGAGCUCCAUCAACUGCUCGGGGGUCACCCGAGGAGACCGGGAGGCGGUAAUCCAGGCUGUUAUCAAUAAUCUAGAGAUCAAGAAGAAACGGGAACCUCUCACGGCUGCUCACUACCUCAGCCUGACCAGGAACUGUGAGCGCUUUAAGGCUGAGAGGAAGUUCAUAGUGUUCCCCCUGAGCAAAGAAGAGUUAGAGUUCCCAAUUGCCUACUCUAUGGUGGUUCACGAGAAGAUUGAAAACUUUGAAAGGCUGUUGCGAGCCGUGUAUGCUCCUCAGAACAUAUACUGCGUCCACGUGGAUGCGAAGUCCCCAGAAAGUUUCAAAGAAGCAGUUAAGGCCAUUACGUCAUGCUUCCCCAACGUCUUCCUAGCCAGUAAAUUGGUUUCGGUGGUUUAUGCCUCCUGGUUCAGGGUGCAGGCUGACCUGAAUUGCAUGGAAGACUUGCUGCAGAGCCCAGUGCCGUGGAAAUACUUCCUGAAUACAUGUGGGACGGACUUCCCUAUAAAAACCAAUGCCGAGAUGGUCCAGGCCCUCAAGCUGUUGAAUGGGAAGAACAGUAUGGAGACAGAGGUACCCACGGAGGCCAAAAGAUACCGCUGGAAAUAUCACUAUGAGGUGAAAGACACAUUGUACAUAACCAACAGGAAGAAAGACCCUCCCCCUUAUAAUCUAACUAUGUUCACGGGAAAUGCCUAUUUCGUGGCUUCUAGAGAAUUCAUCCAACAUGUCUUAACGAACCCCAAAUCCCAAGAACUGAUUGAGUGGGCAAAAGACACCUAUAGCCCCGAUGAGCAUCUCUGGGCUACCCUUCAGCGCGCACCAUGGAUGCCUGGCUUUGCGCCCUGCCACCGCAAGUUCGACAUCUCAGAUAUGACCUCCAUUGCCAGGCUUGUCAAGUGGGCGGACCAUGAGGGAGAUGUCACUGCGGGGGCACCUUAUGCACCUUGCUCUGGGAUCCACCAGCGGGCUGUCUGUAUCUAUGGGACUGGAGACCUGCAUUGGAUACUUCAGAACCAUCACUUGUUGGCCAACAAGUUCGACCCCAAAGUAGAUGACAAUGUUCUUCAGUGCUUAGAAGAGUACCUGCGUUACAAGACCAUCUAUGAGACUGAACUCUGA